AUGUCGAAGACGAGGUAUUCGAAAAUAUCUCAGUAUUUGCAUUUAACUGAUUCUACCAAUGCCCCCAACAAAAACGACCCAAACUACGAUCCCCUGUACAAAGUACGUCCUGUAAUUGAUUUACUUGUAAAUAAUUAUAAAACUGUUUAUUUACCUGGGAAAAAUCUCAGUGUAGAUGAAGCCAUGAUAGGCUAUAAGGGCAGAGUACAUUUUCAGCAGUACAUGCCUGCUAAACCUACUAAAUGGGGGAUCAAAAUAUGGGAAGUUUGUGAAUCGGAGACAGGAUAUUGUGUAAACUUCAAUGUUUACACAGAUAAAAAGCCUGAUGAGUAA